AUGAUACCCAACACGCAGAACCGCAUUAUUGUUGUGCUUGGGUCUACAGGAGACCAAGGCAAAGGCGUAGUGAGUUCGCUAUUAAGUGACAAUUCGCGGGAAUUGUGGAAUGUCCGCGCAGUCACCAGGGAUGUCAAUUCCGUCUCAGCUCAACGUCUUUUGAAUGAUUUUCAAACCUCCGACCACCGUCUCAGCCUUACUUCCGCAGAUGUUUUCGAUAUAGAAAGUCUUCAAAACGCUUUCUCGGGGGCUUAUGGUGUGUUUGCGGUGACGAGCGAGACUAAUUCAGGAAUGAUCGAAAACGAGGAUGACCUGAAGCUGGAGCUCGAAAGUGGGAAGAACAUUAUUUCUGCCGCGAGGAUUUGCCGCAUUCAGCACUUUGUUCUCAGUAGCUUGCCGGACAUGAGACGAGUGACUUCUGGUCGCUUUGACAAACUUUUCCACAUGGAUCAUAAGUUUGUCAUUGGGCAGUGGGCAAAGCAAAACCUGUCUGCGGUCACUUGCCUUCUUCCUGCAAAUGGGGUCGUUCGUUUUUGUCCCCCGAUUCCGUCCACAAAACUAGUUGAGUGGGUUGAUCCUGUACAUGAUAUGGGUAUUUUUGCCGCAGAGGUAUUCGCUUUAGGCGUUGCGAAAACAAAGAACAAAAAUUACGUCGUCUGCAGUCCGAAAUUGCGGAUGGGCGAAUUUGCAUCCACCUUUACGCGGGUCACUGGCCAGCCAGCAAUUUAUUCCCCAAUUACGAUGGAUGAAUGGGCUGAUUUGGCGUCCAAAGAGGUAGGAAAUGGAUUCAAGGAGGAUAUUCGCCAAAUGAUGGAAUGGAUCUCGAUAGCGCCAGAGGACAAGAUUUGCUACGGGGCUCUUGACCCAGCCGAAGACUCUUCCUGGGAGGAUCUCCACCUACGAGCUAGUUCUUUCGAAGAUUGGUUGAGACGUUCUGGGUGGAGGGGCCCUCCAGAGGGAAACCGUGACAUGCUUUGA